AUGAUGCACCAUGGUGGAAUUAAGAUAAUUUGCGCUGCCACAUGCAUCUGUUUGGCUUUACUUCCCACGCUUGCGGAGGACCCAGAAGAUGUUACACCGCUUUACUUCAUGGAGGAACCAAGACGCGCGAUAGUUAUCGAGGGAGAGAGUGUAACUCUUUCAUGUCAGACGAACGUGAAGAACAGCUUGAAGACACUUUGGAUGAAAGACAACCAAACGCUCCGCGAAAACAUAACAUUCUCAUUCAGACUCACUUCAAUAAAUCGGGCUGAUCACGGGAUGUAUCGCUGCGCGGCAUUCAACGAUCGUGGGGGUAUACUCAGUAAACAGUUGGCGGUUGACGUUGGAUAUUUAGACAAUCCACCAUACAAUUCGACUCGCACCCUGGUGGACAUACCUUUGGGGGAGUCGAUCAUAUUUUGGCCCUUCAUCUAUGCGCACAGUGACCGGUCUUCGUUAACGGUAUCUUCAGAGGUCAACAACACGUACUCGUUUGCCUUUCCCCCGCCACAAGCAAGGUGGACAAUCAACAAUGCUCCGGUAACCGCGUCAUCUGAUGCUUACAUCAGUUCAAUGGAACAGGCGCUGGUGCUACUCAAUGUUGAUAGGAAUAUGAAUUUUAAAGUAGUGCGGGCACGGUUGACGAAUGGUUAUGGUUUAAUGACUGCAGUUCAGAAGCCGAUUUUCAGUCGCUCCUAUAUCAUUCAGACAAGAGAGCCUCCACCAAACAGGAGCAUCAGACAAUUAAGCCUGAUACUAGCCCCGAAAGAUGUGACACUUACACUGCAGAACAAUGAAUCAGGAUCAGCAACUUUUGAGUGUGUAUUCAACGCGCGCCCUGCCGGAGCUCUUCGAGUGCAGUGGUUCAGAAAACGUAUCGGAAGCGGGCCAUAUGAACAAUUUGAGCCGAUCUCAUUAAUGCACCAGAAUUCCAACGUGACGGAGAUAAAACAUCAUCGCACUCACUGGUUCGAUUCAUCUGGCUUUAAUCGGAGCAUAACUGUUCAGAACAUUAGACUCAGCAAUUUGGUUGGAUACAGCGAAGAGUAUAUCUGCCAGGGAUACCUCCUUGACUCUUCCUUUAGGGAGCAGGGCCAAUCAAGCAUGGGCAUCGGUGAUUUAGCUAUCUCCAUCGCUGAAUUUGCAAGUGGGCCGUUAUCUGCUACAGCUCGGCUUUGGAUUCAUACUCCUCCCGUUCUUCGCUUCGGUGUUGGACUGAAGACUAUAACAAGUUCCUUCAAAAAUGGCAGGGCACGUGCUGCGAUAGUUGAAGGUGUUGCCAGCUCGGACACGAAAAUGGUGUGUACGUUUGAAAAUGAGGGUUAUCCGAAUUCUACCAUCAGUUGGUUGAAAAAUGCGAAGGAAUUGUCUAAAAAUGACUCUAGGAUCUUCGUGAACUCUGAUCACCAACUUGUAAUUACCCAUCUUCACAUUGAGGAUGCUGGGGUAUAUCAGUGUCACGCACAAAAUGGCGCCGGGGAAGAUAUGCUCGCCUUCUGGCUGAAGGUCACAUCAUUCGAGCCACAGCUUCAAUCUGAGAGAGAAAAGGAGACGGAACUGACAGUACUGGAAGAAACAAAAACGUACAUAUCGUGUCCAAUAAUAGGGGCUCCCCAUCCAGUCUACCACUGGUUUCGAGCUGAUCGAAGCCUGUACCCCGUGAAUCCUCCUAAAAUUUCAUUGAACGUCAGUUGGUUACCCAUCAAAAACUCAUCGAUGGAGCUCGGUGGUGGCAAGUAUGCUGGCAUCUAUUAUGAUAGCAACCUCCUGCACUUCAUAUCCGUCUCUCUUGCCGAUGCUGGACUUUAUCGAUGCUCAGCAGUCAACUACAUGGGACGGCAUGAUGCCUAUGUAAAGCUCUUUGUGAAAGCCCGAACAAGAGCAGCUGUGGCACCCCCGUCGCGCCUGUCUGCUUUGAUGAGUGACAGCUUAAGACUCGAAUGUGUGGUACUUGCACACGGUCAGACGCGCGUGCAGUUCAAUUGGCUGCAUGGUCGUCCGAAGGAGGAACACAGGCAAGAACACAACGAAGAUGUCAGCAAGCGGAAGUUUAUUUCGGGCGCUGGAUCCACUCAAAAAUAUUCCAGUUUUGAUAUUGCUCACUUCAAUCGAUCCUUGAAUGUUUCGUCUUCUGUUGAUUUCACGCAAAUGCAGUAUGGUUCUGUGCUAACCGUUGACCGGUUAUCUCAAAACGAUGCUGGUAUUUACGUGUGUCAAGUCAUUUCGUCAGCUGGAAACAUGACUUUCAAUACAGAAGUAUCUGUUUUUUCUCCUCCAUCGCCGCCCGAUAAGUUUCUCAUAUCAUAUGACGAAGGCAUAAUACAGACGGAGAAGAACGCUUCAGACUCUCACGCUUUAGCGCCAGGCAAUCUUGAAUUAAUGUGUUCACUAAACGAGGAGAACAAUGAACCCCCGAUAGAAGCUCUCAUCUUAUUCGCCAAGCAAACUGGUACAUAUUCGAACAUGUCCGCUAAAGCAUGUGAUGAUAUCAAAGAAAAUUCGUGGUCAAUACUUUCCAUGAGUCCGGUCAACUCCAGUACCUCGAAUCUGGAAAAACUCACCGUCACAGUACCGGUAAAAGAAUUAUUGCCAGGUUUCAGUUAUUGCUUUGCUGUGGCUGCAGCAAAUCGGCUUGGGUGGAGUGAACUUGCUUACCAAGAAAACCUGGCAAUAUUUAUCCCAUUUCAAGUCGGUGUGCUGGGCAACGCCUGCGGAAAAUCCUACAUGACAGCUGGAUCGUCAAACACACCUUAA